AAGGCCUCGGACCGCACAAUGCUUGGUCCAGACAUUCGCGAUCAACGCAUGCGUGUCUGGACAACAUGUGCCAGCUCUUCACCUUGUCCGCUGCGUCGAGCGGCGCCCGAAUUUUCGAGCAUGAUGCAUCUGAGGCUGCUUACAGCACACGACUACAACUCUGCUGCCUGCCUCAGAGUGGAAUAAGUUUGCGAAGCCGGUCAUCUUCUGAAAGGCCUUACCGUGCUGGCGCAGUUACUGCGCUUUUGUCUUGCACUUUCUGUCUGCUUACCAAUGACCCACAACAGAGCAGUGGAACAGUUUGUCACCUCAACAUCGGUACGUGCCCGCUUGGGCUACGCCCUUUUCACUCCUUUCUGCUACAGAACGUCUUUCUUACAGCUUAUGUGACCAAAAUUCGCUCGACUACCGCAUCGCGAUAAUGCCAUCCAAGGCGUUGCUUUCUAACUUUCCACAUCGUAUUUCUGACGCCUGCCCUGCAUAUUGCCUAAUGAAUGAGCGCAAGGCGUAUUCGUCUUCUUCUUGUGAAUGAGGAAGGGGAACGGUCCACGAUAGGAAAGGUCGUCAGUCGUGGCUGUGGAUACCUACCGACUCGUGAAUAACGUGAAGCGACCCGCAUCCCU